AUGUCGAGCAAGGCCGCAUUGAAAGCUGUCCGGACAGCUUUGGACGCAAAGGAUUUUGAAGCUGCCGCCGAAAAAGCCAAGGCUUUAGUACAGCAAGACCCCAAGAAUUACCAUGCAAACGUUUUCCUUGGUCUUGCGAAUGCCAAAUUGAACAAGAACGAGGCUGCAGAGGAAGCAUACCUUACUGCGACGCAGAUCAAGGAUACUGACCGCACCGCUUGGCAGGGACUGAUUAGCUUGUACGAGAAACAAGGCAGUUCCAAGCUGGAUGCCUAUCAUGACGCUGUUCUCAAGCUCGGGAAAAUAUUUGCCGAUAGUGACGAGCAGGAACGUUGUCAGGAUCUUGUCGACAAAUACACAAAGCUAGCCCGGAAAAGCAACGACAAAGCCAAAUACAAGCAUGCCCUUGAAUUACAAAUCCCGAGCUCUCCUCUUUACAGCUUUCUCGAAGGCCGGUUACCGCACCCAUCCCUUACCUACCUCCGUCUGAUUGAGAUCACCGAGUCCGAGGAGAAAGAAUACAUCAACCGGGAAAUUGGCGAACGAAGAACCCGUCUUGGUGCACGGAAAGAGAAUGUCACGCUUGAGGUGAAACGUGACGCAUUCAGACAGAGCAAGCUAGAAGACCUGUAUCGGGGCCUUAUCGACUGGACGACGGAUGAUGCUAUCCGACGCCAGUACGAGGAGAAGCUCCUCGAGCGCGCGUGUGAGGAGCUUGAAUUUCUCCCCGUGAGCAAGAAACCUGGCAAGAGGAAGGAGAUUCUUCGCUCUGCACAGGAUAUGGUCAUUAUCAAGCAUCCCUUUGAACUCGCCUGGAACAUUGUGCUUGAGUGGAAGGAUAUCGAAGACUACUCCCAAUGGGACGUGGGUGUGUUGCGCGAAUUCGUCGAGUUUUUCCCCGACACUGGAUUGGCCAAGGUCCUUAUGGGCUUUCUUACCAGCGAACUGUCUCCAUUUCCCCAGGUAGACUCAGACGAUGACAAAAACACCACAGCCAUUGGCAAAGACACGGAGGCUACCGAGGCGACCGAGACGGGCGCCGCGGAUCAGCUAAUCUUGAUGACCGAGGGCCUUGAAAUGGCCCAGAAAUCAGUUAUCGCGCAUCGGAUCAUGGCAGAUCUCUAUCUCCUCCUUGAAGAAUAUGAAAGCACCGUCGAGGUUGCCCGCAAGGGACUCCGGAAUGUUGCAGACUUUGUUACGUACACCGGAUGGAAAUCCAUCAACACAAUGGAUGCCUUGAAUAUCACGCUCGCCAAUGCAUUGAUAUUUUAUCAAUCUCCUCGGCAUCACGCAGAAGCCAAGACGAUCUUUGAGAGUAUUCUCCAACAAAAGCCAACAUCAACUAUCUGUCUCCUGGGUAUUGGUCUGAUCCUAAAGGUUGACCAGGACUACGCAGAUGCUGUCAACUUUUUAGAACGUGCCCUGGAGCGGGACUCUACUAACAUCAAGAUCCAUAGUGAGCUAUCCUGGUGCAAGGCACUGAACGGUGAUCUGGAAACUGGACUUGAUGGCCUUCGAAAUGCUCUCGACCGCCUGAAGGUGGCGCAGCCUCACAACAAGGUGUUCAAAGCCGAAAUCCUUUAUCGGAUUGGCUACUGCCAAUGGGAGCUGGACCCGUCUCCAGCUGCACGCAAAGACCGCAAUGGGGCAUAUGCGAGCUUCCUGGCGUCUAUCAAGGCCAACAUGAAUUAUGCCCCUGCAUAUACAAGCCUCGGCUUUUACUAUGCGGACUACAAAAAAGAUAAAACCAGAGCACGCAGGUGUUUCCACAAAGCAUUUGAACUGUCAUCAUCGGAAACCGAAGCCGCGGAGCGUUUGGCUCGAGGGUUUGCGGACCAGAAAGAGUGGGAUCUUGUCGAGGCCGUUUCACAGCGGGUUGUGGAUUCGGGUAACGCCAAGCCUGCUCCAGGAUCCAAGCGCAGAGGAUACAGUUGGCCGUAUGUGGCUCUCGGAACGGUCCAGAUUAACAAGCAACAAUACUCCAAGAGCAUCGUGUCAUUCCAAGCUGCACUGCGGAUUAGUCCCGGUGAUUAUCAUUCCUGGGUCGGCCUAGCGGAGAGCUACCACCACUCUGGUCGAUACAUUGCUGCAACGAAGGCUUUUGAGCAUGCACGGGAAAUGGAGUCUAAUCUUUCGGGUGACGAAAAGGACCAUGUCUGGUUUGCGCGAUACAUGAUGGCCAACGUGAAGCGUGAACUUGGCCAGUACGACGACGCCAUUGCUAGCUAUGAGGAUGUGUUGACCACUCGACCCAAUGAUAUCGGUGUUACGGUAGCGCUCCUCCAGACAUUGGCCGAGAGUUCGUGGAAGAGUCUGGAUUCGGGUCUGUUCAACGACGCCGCUGAGCUUGCAUGCAAAGCCAUCCAAGUAGCCCAAUCACUCGUGACUGUUCGGAACGACAUUUUCAAUCUGUGGAAGUCGGUUGGUGAUGCCUGCUCCAAUAUGUCUUAUAUCAAAAAGAAGAGUGGAAAGCUAUCAGUCGCGAACUGCAAAAAUUUGCUGCUCGCGGGAGUUGAUUCCGUUGCGCUCAAUCUUAUGACUGAGCUAGAUGGAGUGGGCCAGUCCUGGCUAGAUUCAAGCGAUAGUGACGAUUCCACCUCACCUGAUUGUUGCAUCUACAUGUCUAUUUUGGCAUACAAACGUGCGAUUCAUGUUUCCAUGCAAGAUUCCCACGCUCAGGCUGUUGCAUGGUACAACCUUGGCUGGGCUGAAUACAGGGCAUACCGAAGUGUGCAGGCUGGCUCCGGGUACAAGAGCACGAAGCCCCGGAAGUUCUUGAAGGCGGCAAUGCGGUGCUUCAAGCGGGCUAUUGAGCUGGAAGCUGGCAAUUCCGAGUUCUGGAACUCGCUGGCCGUCGUUACUACAAGUAUGAGCCCCAAGGUGGCCCAGCAUGCAUUCGUGCGAAGCCUGCAUCUCAACGAUCGCAGUGCACAAGUCUGGACCAACCUGGGUGCCCUGUAUCUCCUGCACAAUGACAUUCAGCUUGCGAAUGAAGCGUUCACGCGUGCCCAGUCAACCGAUCCAGACUAUGCGCAGGCAUGGGUUGGCCAGGGCUUCCUUGCGCUUCUUUACGGAGAUGCCAAUGAGGCACGGGGUCUUUUCGAGCAUGCAUUUGAUAUUUCCAACUCCUCUGGCAUGGUAUCGAAGCGUCAAUACACCCUCACUCUGUUUGACCACCUGCUUGCAGACCCCUCCGCAUCGAAUGAAGUUUCCCAGCUCAUUCAACCAUUCUUCGCUCUUCACCAGCUCUGUGCUCAAGACCCAUGGGACCUGCCAUUUAUGCAUCUGUCAGCUCUACUAGCAGAGAGAAUGGGUGAAGUUGCGGAUGCUGACGCCAGCCUGGAGGUCGUCUGUUCAGGAAUGGAGGCCGAGUUCGAGGAAACCGAGUCACCUGCCUCGCUCUCGCGAUUUGCACAGGCAAAUGCAGACAUGGCUCGAGUGCUCCUCGCGAAUCACCAGUAUGAGGAGGCCGCGGGGAGGGCGGAAACUGCACUCACACUGUCUGGGGAAGAGGACGCUGAGAAGUUUGAUCCCGAGGCAUGCAGCAAGCUUCGUCUGUCGGCGCACCUCACGGCUGGCCUGGCAUACUACUUCACGAAGUCCAUGGACCAAGCAAUCGAUAUGUUCCGCGACGCUCUUCAGGAAGCCAACAACGCACCGGAUGUUGUGUGCCUCCUCGCCCAAGUCCUGUGGGCGAAGGGUGGAGAGGAGGAACGAUCUGUUGCUCGCCAGCAACUGUUUGAUUGUGUUGAAAAUCAUCCCGAGCACAUCGGCGCCGUGAGUCUUCUCGGAGCUAUUGCACUUCUCGACAAAGACAAAGACGCUAUCGAAGCCGUCGAGUCCGAUCUCCAUAACAUGGUUACUCGCGACGACAUCGACAUCCAUGACCGCGGCAAACUCCUGAAGCUUUUGGCUGCUAUCUCAGCAAUGGGCUUCACGGAAAACGCACACCUUCCCGAAGACAUUCGUCAAAUUGGCCAAGCUACCGCGGCUGUCAUGCUUUCUCCAGGUCAGCCACAGGGUUGGAUGGAGCUGUCCGCUGUUUCAGAAAGCCCGUACCCGGCAGAGAUGUCUGUUCAGCGGGCUAUCCGCAGCGUGCCCCCCUACAGCAACUUGGAGGCACCGGAUCUUAGCCAGGCCUAUGUCCAGACUGGCAAGGCCGGGGAUGCGUUCAGAGCUAUUAUGGUUACGCCAUGGAGGAGGGAAGGCUGGAAUGAAUUGGACCACUGUGUCUCCGGCCUGGUGGCAUAA